GGAGAUUGCGGAUCAAAUUUACCUGACUAUUAGUGUUGUUGUAAUAUUUAAAUUUGUGUAAUAGUUAUGUAUUCAUGUAAUUUUUGAAAAGUUUUUUGUUGUUAAAUUCUUUUGUAUUGUUGUUGUCUAAAUCAAGUUUUAAAAUAUUUUAGAUUUUAUUUUAAAGUUUUAUUUAAUUUUAUUUGGAAACUUAGAUUUAUAAAAAUUUAAAUUUUUAUUAGAUAUAAUUUUUUUAAGAAUUAAUACGAUAAACAAAAAAAUAUUUAAGAAUUAUUAAAGUGAUGUGUAAUUGUAAGUACUCAAAUGCAAACAAAAAUAUGAAACUUCAUAUUUUAAGUUAUAGAAUGUCUAUUAUAGAUGCUCUAAUAUCUAAAAAAAUAAAUAAGAGAGGUUUCAAAAAAUUAUAAAACAAUUAAUCAUAUGAUUAAACAUCAUACAAUAGUUUCUCAUCUAAUGAAGUUUCUCUAAAAUUAUAAAAUCCACUUGUUACACUAGAAUUUAAAGUUAUCCUUGACAUCAAGUCAUCCAACUAUCAACUUUUACAUUUAUAACAAAAACAAAUAGAAUACGUUAAUAUAAUAUAUGACCCUGAAAAUAUAAUAGUUUCAAAAUGUCUAUAAUUUUUUAUACCCAUAAUUUUAUAUCAAAUCAUAUAUGAAAAUGUUUUAAAAGGGUCAAAAAUCUGUUUUCCUCCUAUACAUACAUUGAUAUAAUUAAUUGUCUAUUUCAUUUAUAAAGAUAAGGAAAUAUGAAAAAAUCCAAUUUCGUACAUGAGCUGUAAAUAAAAUCUUUGGCAUCCAAAUUUCUCUAGUAGAGUGUUGUUUUCACUAUAAUUUUUCGGUAACGAUAUUUUUGCCAUAAACACAAAGUUGCCAAAUUAUGUGAUUUACUAUUUAUAAUGUCAGGUUUUGUAAAUGUUUACUUAAAAGUAACCUUCUUUAGUUUUUCCAAACUGGCAACUAACUAAAGCAAUAAUCAAAGAUAUCUGACCAGUUAAGAUUUAUGAAAAGAAAUGAUGAUUCAACAAUCAAACGUGCAUGCUGAGACCAAUGUGCUUUAUAUUCGUUGCCUUCUCCCCUUACCAUUAUUUCUCCACCUUCCAUCCGAUCCCAUCCACCUUGUAUAACUCGAUCAAGUAAUCACCCUCUCUAGCCAAACGCAAGAAAAAAAAACUAAAAAAAAACAAAACAUGAUUCCAGAGAAGUGGAAAGGAGCAAAGCACACGCUUCUAGAGCGACCAUGGUUUAUCAUAGCUGCUCUAGCUGGUCUUUUAGGUGGCGCACUGCUCAUCACAAGUAUCAUCCGAGCUACGGACAGCACUCUAUCUUUAUGUUCCACCGCAAAAACCGCGGCGCGGUCCAUAGCCGAAUACUCAACCACACCAAUCCAGCUUCAAUCCAUCGUCCACUACGCGACCUCACAGACCGUUCCUCAACAAUCCUUCGAGGAGAUAUCUAUCUCUUUAAACGUCCUUAAGGAACGUAUACCUUGCAAUUUUCUUGUCUUUGGCCUCGGGCACGACUCCCUCAUGUGGGCCUCCCUCAAUCCACGUGGCACCACUGUGUUCCUUGAGGAGGAUCCUGAGUGGAUCCAGGCCGUCCUAAAGGAUGCACCGUCCCUGAGGGCUCACCAUGUUCAGUAUCGGACCCAACUUUCUCAAGCCGACAAUCUUCUCGCGACCUACCGGUCCGAACCCAAGUGUUUACCUGCCAAUGCUUUCCCGAUCCGCUACAACGAAAAGUGUCCAUUGGCUUUGACUUCACUUCCUGAUGAGUUCUAUGAUACCGAAUGGGAUCUGAUCAUGGUGGACGCACCAAAAGGGUACUUCCCAACCGCGCCAGGGAGGAUGGCAGCUAUAUUCUCUGCAGCCAUCAUGGCACGUAACCGGAAGGGUGCGGGCACCACGCACGUUUUCCUUCAUGAUGUUGACCGCAUAGUGGAGAAGACGUACGCCAACGAGUUCCUAUGCGAGAAGUACAGAGUCAAUUCAGCUGGUAGGCUCUGGCACUUUGAGAUACCCAACGCUGCUAACAUGAGCGACCAGCCUGGGGACCGAUUUUGCUAGGUUGAACCGAUCUUUGAUUCUUCGUUACUUUUAAAUUAAACACCGCAUAGUUCUUCUGAGUUUACAACUGUUUAUUUUUAAAUAUAACUAUCCGGAGGCUUCUCAUAAAAUAAAUCAUAUAUAUAUAUCCUAUUGAUGUUACUCUU